AGUCUUCCUCAGCAAAAAGAAGAGGAUUGGCAGCAGAUGUUAGCUCAGGGCUAAUCUUCCUCAAAAAAAAAAAAAAAAAAAAAAAGCCAGCGGAGGUGAGGUCUUCCUCUUGUCGGGGUGGGGAAAAUCCCCUUUCUACCCUUCUUGUGUGUUCUUAUGGCUGGACUAGUAAUAAAGUUGACACAAGAGCAGAUCAACAGGAGACAACACACUUUAAUAUAUAGUGGAGAUCAGAGAGAAGUGAAGCUCAAGGAGUGAACACAGCAGGCAUAAGUGUAUCUUGUACACAGAUAAUGAAUUUGUGAGGAAUGACAGGACAAAGAAGCUUAAGAUGUGAGGUACGUUAUUGGGCUAAUGCUUGAGGUAGUCAAUUAGCGAGGUCUGUUUAUGCAGGCUUCUGGGCCCCGAAUCACUAGCUCUCAAGAUCAGGAUGUAAGGAGAGCACCUUCCACGUGGGGGAUUUAUUUCCUGCUUUCAGGGGAACAGAGCCAGGAGAGUCAGAAUGCCCUUUUUGUUUCUCAAGUAACUUUAAUUCUAAAUGAUCCAUAUGCUAUUGUGGGAUAUUUUGGGGUGGCCUGCCAUGGGCCCCAACACUGUGAAACCCAGGCAGGGCUGUCCUCCAGUGUACCCCCAGUUCCUCUUGGAUCCAGAAAAGGAGCUGGGCUUUGCUUUUUUCCUUCUACACUUUGUGGCUUGUCUUGUUCUCCAAAAUAGCUCGGUAGACUUGGGUAGAAUUCCUUGAUUUCUGUUGAUACCAGUGGAAGGGUGCCCCUUAGCUUCAUGGCCAUACCCCAGGCUCAAGGAGAGGUGGGCUGACAUGCCAGGGCUGCGGAAGAAGAGCUGCCCAGUCAGCACAGGCCAGGAAAAGGAAACCAGCAGCAGAGAAGCAUUCCAAAGGCCCCAGCAAGACCCGGGGGCAGAUACUGUGGGAUCCCAGUAGGAAUUCUGUGAAAGAAGAAAGGGAUGUGGGGUAGGACACCCCCCUGAUGGUCUUAGAGGCUACUCUGGCCAGUGCAACAAACGAGGACCCUGAGGAGAACAAGUGACCAGGAUGUGGUAGAAACGUCCCCUAAAUCCAUGACUAGGCCCUGGGAGGCCUGAUCCUGGGCAGGAAGGACGGCCCUUCCUGCACAUGUGUUCUUGGUGCUCCUGCCUCCGAUGCCAUAGCGUGUCCCCUGGACAAACAAGUGGAGUGGACAGAGGAGUGUCCCUUGCCUUAUGGGGGAAGAGUGUUUGGCUCAUACUUCACAUUUUUAGAUCGUUUGAAGACAUUGAUCUCUCCUGCCUCCUUGCAUCUCCUGGACACUGGGAUCCUAUAUAUACUUCCUAAGCUUGGACCUCUGCAAUUUUCCUGUUUCCCCGAGGUUCCUGUGAAGCCUGUUGGUCAGCUCUUUCUCCUGAGAUUGUCCAAACACUCGAGGGGGCAGAUCUGUCCAGAGGGUGGCUGCCAGUUACUCACUGCAUGGAGCCGAGUCCUGGACUCACUGAGCAAAAAGGAAAAUUAACAAUGAACUUUAGAAUUUCCCAGAAGCCUGUUUGAGAUACUGGAUGAAAGAUACCAGCAGUGCCUUUGCACCCAGUGGCUGCUCAGUUAUCAGGGACACUUAUGAUUAUCUUUGUAAAUGUACCAUUGAGUUGUAAAUCUCAAUUUCCUACAGUUGAGUUGUAAAAGUGAUUGCCUGGGAGUUAAAAUGCCACAGGGCACAUUCCAGUUUAACUGUUUUAUGCCAAGUCUGCUGAUAUGGAUGGUAGAGAUUUGGAGAAAGCGAUCUCCAGGAAAGAUACCAAAAUGGAGAACAUCCUUCAAAGAAUCCCAGCCUCCUCACCAGUGGAAUUUAAGAAUUGUUUGGGCAUCACAAUGCAGGGGGUGGAGAAUAGCCUGGAGAUUCUUUGGAUGGAGAGCUUCCCUCUCUGUUCUGAAACUUCAGAAGAACCAAUAUGUGAUUCAGCCUAGCAUCCCUAACUUGGCAGAUCCUUAAAUGUCAAAUACAGAUUCAGGUCUCCUGAGGAAGAAGUUUCCUAGGACUGAGGAAACAGCGCUUAUCAACAUAUACUCGGGAAGGGGCCUUUGGAGAUCCUGUUUGGGGUCAAGGCCCCUGGAAAAUGCCUGGACCUGAUCUGCCUGUGAGCGGUCACAAUGUGGAAGAGGACACCUGAGCCUACAGAGCGUCCCCUGGUAGCAGCUCCUUGCUGACAAGUAUGCGUGCGUUUGGUCCAUGGUUAUUUCUUUCCCUGCAUCCAAGAUGCCAAAGAGCCCAUGGCGCUGACCCCUCAGUGGCUUUCAGAACUGGACCAGUCAUGACACAGCUGCCUUAACUUGAACAUUUAGGAAAUUUUGAUGUGGCCGAAACGCUCCCAACAAGUACACCUUCAGGACUCAUUUCGGAGCAGAUUCUUCAGGAUGGGCGUCCAAGCCCCGCGCAGACUCCUGGAACUGGCAGGUCAGAGCCUGCUGAAGAACGAAGCCUUGGCCAUCGCCGCUCUGGAGGAGCUGCCCAUGGAGCUCUUUCCGCCACUGUUCACGGCCGUCUUUACCGGGAGACACAGCAAUAUCCUGAAGGCGAUGGUGCAGGCCUGGCCCUUCCGCUGCCUGCCCCUGGGAGCCCUGAUGAAGGAGCAGCAGCCUCACCAGGAGACCUUCCAAGCUGCACUAGAUGGACUCGAUGUCCUGCUUGCCCAGGAGGUUCGCCCCAGGAGAUGGAAACUGCAAGUGCUGGACUUACGGAAGAAGGUUCACCAGGACUUCUGGACCGUGUGGUCUGGAACUAGGGCUGGUAUAUGCUCCUUCUUGGAGCCAGAGGCAGUCCAACCCAUGAGGAAGAGGCGAAAAGUGGAUGGUUUAAGGGUGGGGCCGAAGCCGCCCUCAGCUCCUGUGGAGGUGCUCGUAGACCUUUGCCUCAAGGAGGGCACCCCUGACGCGUCCCUCGCCUACGUCAUUAAGAAAGUCAAGCAGGGCAGAGGUUUAGUACAUCUGUGCUGUAAGAGGCUGAAGAUUUUUGCAGUGCCGAUGCAGAAUAUUAAGAAUAUCCUGAAAAUGGUGCAGCUGGACUCUAUACAGGAUUUGGAAGUGAAUUGCACUUGGAACCUGUCCACCCUGGGGCAGUUUGCUCCUUACCUGGGCCAGAUGGGCAGUCUGCGCAGGCUCCUUCUGUCCCACAUCCGCAUGUCUUCCCACACUACCCCGGCGAAGGAGGAGCAAGGUGUCAGCCAGUUCACUUCCCAGUUCCUCAGUCUGCACCACCUCCGGGAGCUCUAUUUGGACUCUAUCUCCUUCCUCAAAGACCGCCUGGACCAGUUUCUCCGGUGCCUGAAGACCCCCUUGGAGACCCUGUCGAUAACUAACUGCCUGCUUUCGGAAUUAGACUUGACCCGUCUGUCCCAGUGCCCAAACAUCAGUCAGCUGAAGCACCUGGAUCUCAGCGGGGUCACCCUGAGCUGUAUAAGUCCUGAGUCCCUCCAAGUUCUGAUAGAGAGAACCUCCGCCACCCUCCAGGACCUGGACUUAGAUGAGUGUGGGAUCAUGGACUCCCAAUUCACUGCCAUCCUGCCUGCCCUGGGUCGCUGCUCCCAGCUUACCAUCCUCAGCUUCAGUGGAAACCCCAUCUCCAUGGCCGUCCUAGAGAACCUGCUGCGCCACACCAUCGGGCUGAGCAAGCUGAACCACGUGCUGUAUCCCGCCCCCCUGGAGACUUAUGAGGUCGACUACGGCACCCUCCACCUGGGCAGACUGGCCUAUCUGCACGCCAGGCUGAAGCAGAUGUUGCAGGAGUUGGGGCGGCCUAACAUGGUCUGGUUCAGUGCCAACCCCUGUCCUUACUGUGGCGACAGGACCUUCUAUGACCCGGAGCCCAUCCCGUGCCCCUGUUACCUGCCUGCCUAGCUGGGUGCACAUAUCAUAGGCUUUAUUCUGGGCACUUGGACACUGAAGCCUAGACAUAAGUGCAUCGUGAAGGAACACAAAAGCCACAGUGUCAGAUAGCUUCUCAACGUGAGCAGGGGAAAAGAAAACAUGGUUCAGAGGGGGAGGGGAUAUUGAGUUGGGAGUUGAUGGGAUCUUUGGGGAGAUGCAUCCUAUUGAGUUAGAAAUAGGAAUCUGAAUUUCUAGAGGGGAAUUCCGGCUUGGGAGGUAGUUGUGGGAGUUAUCCCUGAGUGGAUGGUUAUAAAGAAAUGGUCAGAAAUAAAGAGAACCUUAAUGUCAA